CGCCACACAAAGGCAGCGGCUCCGCGCAACGCACCGCUCCGCGCAACGCACCGCUCCGCUCCGCAGUUCAAUGCAGAGCGAAGCCGGCAGCUUCGCGGCGGCGGACGCAUGAAAGGCAGGAUGCAGGUCCGGGGCCUCCUCCUCCUCCUGGCGCUGAUCCUGCUGGCCGCCACCGCUGAGGCUGGCAAGAACAAGAAAGAGAAGGGGAAGAAGGAUGGCUCUGAGUGCGAGGACUGGCGCUGGGGACCUUGCGUCCCCAACAGCAAGGACUGUGGCCUGGGGUACCGCGAGGGAACUUGCAAAGACGAGAGUAAGAAGCUCAAGUGCAAGAUCCCCUGCAACUGGAAGAAGAAGUUUGGAGCCGACUGCAAGUACAAAUUUGAGAGCUGGGGGGGUUGUAGCGCUCAGACGGGCGUGAAGACUCGCUCCGGCAUCCUGAAGAAAGCCCUGUACAAUGCCCAGUGUGAGGAGAUCGUCUAUGUGACCAAGCCCUGCUCUUCCAAGAUCAAGUCGAAGUCCAAAGCAAAGAAGGGCAAGGGGAAGGACUAGAGCGGGAAGCCAGCAUCCACAUCGGCCCCUCGACAUGGUGCCCACGGGGCUGGAAGCCCAGCUGCAGCCGGCCCACACUCCAGUCUUCCUCCUCCUCUCCUUCUUCCUUUCCACAACCUCUUCUUUCACUGAGAUGCCUUGUUUUAAUCGCUAGUGUUGUAGAGAGCAAACCCAUCUGCCACACAGGAGGGGCUGCUGCCCGCCCUACUGCCGCUGCCAGUGCGUCCUGCUCGCCUCCUCUUGGCUGGGGAUGAGCCUGGGGAGCAGGGAUGGGAAUGCACAUAUUUCCACCCUCCGGCACAAAUGAGAUGCCUUUGGCACAUUCUUUGGCAAGCCUGGGAGCCUCCCUGCUCCUCCACCAGGCAUCGGUGCUGGAGGGAAGGGCUGGGUGUUGAACGCCCAAGUAACCCCUGUUACUCACAUGCCCCUUGCCCAUGUGAGGACUGCUCUUAACUCAGGGGGCUUCUUCCAGCAUCCGUUUGGCCAGGGCAGGAGUUUCCUGCAGCAGCUGGGGAAAACAAAGCCACCGUCCCCAGGAACCACUACGUUCCUUCUCCUCCAUCACUUCUAACCGUGUGUCCAUGCCGGGGCUGCAGCCCCUCUGCCUUCACUGCAGCAACACUGGUGGUGGGUGGGAGCUCUCACUUCUUUUGGAAAAUGGGGUUUGUUUUC